CGAUCUCUCCCAAUUCCGUAAGCCGCUUAAAUCAUCCGCGAAAAACGGCCCAUAAAAUGAUACGUUCCAGUGCGUUUAUCAGUCGAUUGCCCUUACGUGGUAUUGCAGCAGCUACGUUCAACAGUAGUGGAGCGCUGUUGCAAUCACCUCCCAGCCUAGCAGCAUUGCAAACAACACAGGUCCGCUACCGAUCGACACCGAUCAACACGGUGGUAAUGUUUGUGCCACAGCAAGAGGCAUGGAUCGUUGAGCGGAUGGGCAAAUUUCAUCGCAUCCUUGAACCAGGCCUUAACGUACUACUGCCCGUCGUGGACCGCGUAAAAUAUGUACAAAGUCUGAAGGAAAUAGCGAUAGACGUGCCGAAACAAUCGGCCAUCACUUCCGAUAACGUAACGCUCAGUAUCGACGGUGUACUGUAUCUACGCAUUCUCGAUCCAUAUCUCGCAUCGUACGGUGUGGAAGAUCCAGAGUUCGCUAUUACUCAGCUCGCUCAAACAACGAUGCGAUCCGAGCUGGGUAAGAUGUCACUGGAUAAAGUGUUCCGGGAGCGAGAAUCGCUUAACAUUAGCAUCGUGGAAUCGAUCAAUAAGGCAAGUGAAGCAUGGGGUAUCUCUUGUUUGCGAUACGAAAUCCGUGACAUUAAGUUACCGAGCCGAGUUCACGAAGCGAUGCAGAUGCAGGUCGAAGCGGAACGACGGAAACGGGCUGCCAUUCUCGAGUCGGAAGGUGUUCGGGCGGCGGAUAUUAACGUAGCGGAGGGUAAACGACAGUCCCGUAUCCUAGCAUCCGAAGCCCAAAAGCAGGAAGAAAUCAAUCGGGCAAAUGGUGAAGCCGCUGCCAUCAUGGCAUUGGCCGAUGCCCGCGCAAAAAGUCUAAAAAUUGUUGCUCAAUCUCUUUCGAGCGAACAUGGUCGAAGUGCGGCUUCGCUUAGUGUGGCCGAGAAGUACGUGGUGGCUUUUGAGAAAUUGGCCAAGCAAAACAAUACCCUCAUCGUUCCGUCGACCGCAUCCGAUGUGACCUCGAUGGUGGCGCAAGCAAUGCAGAUCUAUAACAAUCUCUCCAAUACCUCAGCUAUUUCUCGAGCAUCCGCUUCUUCGACGAGCGGAGAUCAACAACGUCGGAGUGUGGACGAUGCACAGAACGUGCUGGGCACGCUUAAUGAAACUAGUUCGAAACUCGAUGCCACACUGCCACCACUGGACAGCCAUCAUCAGGGGGACAACAGCAUGGGGGGUUCUUCAUCGAAAUAAAACAAAAAUCGUUACAAUCGUUGAAGCGUAUUGCAUCAUUAUUGAAAGUCUUUUCGGCGCAGUAACACAAUGCAACGGCACACUUGCUUACUUAGUUGGACAGGAAAUAGGAUAAACUAGGUAUCUAUAUUCAUUGGGCGCAUUCUACUACAAUUGCGGUAUUUAUGAAGGGCGAGAAAAUAAUAGGUCUAAACCCAGUGAAGCACGAUUACUGUAAAUAAAUUGCUUGGUCGCGUAAUCAACACAACCGAAUCGGAAUAAUUGUAUUACGAGUGUCAGUUCGAUAAUGCAACCUAGAGGAUAUUAUUUGCUAAUUGGAAAACAUUUUGGGAUGUUUGGAAAAAACGCUCAAUACUUGCUUAAGUUGAGGCUAUCUUCAUCUUUGAACUUGUACACCCUCUUUGGAUGGCAAUAUGUAAUCUUAUCUUAUAGAUCAAUAUCAUCCACAAAAGCCUAUCUACCUAAAACUAGCAACAGAUAUAGAAGACCACUAAACAAUGUUCUCAACAUGAUGAAAAAGAUUUAAAAAACGGUUCAGGCGAGAGUUACUGGUAAAAAAAAAAUAUUUAUUCAAGUGUAAAUAAACACUGUCAUCAAAGUAUUAUACAACACUGUGAUAUAUGGUGAAAUCAUUCCCCAUUAGGUAUCCUACUUUUCACCAUUUCUCGUCUCCCUUCGGCACCUGAAAUGCAUAUAAAAAUGAAACAUGUCAGAUGGAGUGCGAAACCAAUUCGGUAAAAAGUAUUAUUUGAGAUUUUAUGUUGAAUCUUCAACACCAGAGACGGUAAAUUAAAUAUUAAUUCGAUCAGCUUUCACGUAUCGGUCACUGAAAUGAUGCGUACAGGUCCGUGAUAUAUAAUCAUCAUUUAAUAGCAAAAAAACACACAUGAUACUCAAACUCUGGUGCGUCCCAUUCUUUAACAGUACAAAGCAAACAUAAUCUUACCUAAAACAGUUGCUUUAUUCCCAAGAUGAGGGAUGAGCCCCAUUCAUGAC